AUGGGAAACAGCAAAUCAACCAGCUCUAAAACAACUCAACAAACAGUCGGAAAUGCAAACAACACAUGUGGGUGUCAAUGCAUUGAUAUACGAAGAAUCCAAGAAGUUCUUUUGAUAUGGCUAGAUGCCAACAUUGAGAACAACAAUGACGAUGUACAGAACACCAUUACUCUAUUAAGACGUGCCGUUAAUGAUGUGAACACGUAUACAGAUAAUGAUAAAUGCAUUCAAUUCGUGAAAUCAAUUGAAAACCGUAAGGCAUGUAUGAUUAUAUCAGGUUCACUUGGACAGCUUAUUGUUCCUCAGAUACACGAACUAUCUCAAGUGGAUUCUAUAUUUAUUUUCCGCGGCAAUAAACGACGACAUAAAGGAUGGACAAAAGAUUGGCCAAAGAUUAAGGGAAUUUUCACAGAAAUCAAACCCAUCUGUAAAGCUCUUAAACGAGUAGCACAGCAAUGUGAACAAAACGCUGUUUCCAUCAGCUUCGUAGCAUCUGGCAAAAAGUUGGAUCAACUGGAUCCUUCUUUUAUGUAUACACAGCUCAUCAAGGAGAUACUAUCAACCAUCAAAUUCGAUAACAAACACAUUCAGGAUUAUGUCAAGUAUUGUCGUGAAAUUUUCCACGAUAAUGAUGAAGAACUAAAAAAAUGUGAAGUUGCUGGAACAGGAAUACCAUCUGAAAAAAACCCAUAUGGUGGUACACCUAUGAGUGUUUUUUCUACCGC